CGCUCAGCCACCAGGGGGCGGAAGUGGAAGUUAAAGCGCUGGAACAGUCUUUCACCUGGUGGCGAAGAAGAAGAAACAUCACCCGAGAAGAGUGGAGCUACGACAGGCGCGGCGAUGCCUAAGAAGUUCCAGGGUGAGAACUCGAAGUCGGCGGCGGCGCGAGCUCGGAAAGCCGAGGCUAAAGCUGCAGCAGACGCAAAGAAACAGCAGGAGCUGGAGGACGCACUGUGGCAGGAAAGCGACAAACACGUGCUGAAGAAAGAGCAGAGGAAGGAUGAAAAGGAGAAGAAGAGACUGGAAGCUCUGGAGAGGAAGAGAGAGAACCAGCGUCUCCUGGAUGAAGAGGAUUCGAAGCUGAAGGGCAAACAGAGCCGAGAAACGCUGAGCAAAAUGACACGAGCUCAGAUCGAGCAGAACCUCGACCGAGAACAAGCGCUUAAAGACACGGAGAAGAAAGAGAAGAGUCAUUUGGAGACGCCGCUGGAGGAGAACAUUAACCACGUCAUUCCUGAAGAAGAAUCGGCCCGGACCAUCGAGGACGCCAUCGCUAUGCUCAGCACUAAAGAGGAUCUGGACCGCCACCCCGAGCGCAGGAUGAAGGCGGCCUACGCUGCGUUUGAGGAGGCCAACAUGCCUCGUCUGAAGAUGGAGAACCCCAACAUGCGCCUGUCUCAGCUCAAACAGCAGCUGAAGAAAGAGUGGACGAAGUCUCCGGAGAACCCGUUAAACCAGCGCUUCGUCACCUACAACUCCAAGUAACCACGCCCACACGGCGAGAUCUCAGAGACUGACACGCGUAACACAGGGUCUGCACCAAUCCCCGACCACACCCUGACCUCUGACCCCUGACCCCGACCCAGACGAACCGCCCAGACGUCUGACCCCACAAAUUCUUACUGAAGCUCCAGUUUGUGCCAUCCUCCAAUUUCACACUCUGAUUCAAAAGCAGAUCAGUUCAUUUUAUUAUUAGACGGUUUUUUGGUUUUUUGGUAAAAAUAAAGAACAGAGUGCACUUGAGUAACUUUCUGAACCCGAGAUUUAGACGUUGAUGAAGUGCAUCCUAGCAAUAAACACCACGUUGGCUUACAGUAGUGUAUUAAUACUCAGAGAUGAGUUUCUGCCUCCUGCAACUGAAAUGUAGUAAUGUUAUUAAACUGCUGAACAAACUGA